AGCGGCGGCAUCAAAACACCUGAACGACAAAAAACGCAUGCCAGCAACCCAGAUGGCAAUCCUAGGACACAGCAUAUCAUACAUUACUGAUUCCAGAAAUCGAAAUUGAUGUCUACGCCCAUGCAGCCCGCGCUACCGCGGGCCACGGCGUUGAUCGCCGUCACCGCCUUCGCCGCCAGCGUCUUGGGCUCUCCCUUCCAAGCCGGGCCAGCCUACAAGCCGCAACUCUCAUUGCCGAGAGGCCGAGCACCAGGCUACGGGCCGCUGAGAUUUCGUCCAGAUGGGACAUUCCACAUCACCAUCUUUGAGGAUCUCGACUUUGGCGAGAAUGCCUGGGAUGCUUGGGGCCCACAGCAGGACAUCAACUCUGUCCGGGUCAUCGAGACCGUUCUCGAUGCCGAGCCUCACAUAGACCUCGUCGUGCUCAACGGCGACCUCAUCACGGGCGAAAACACGUUUCUCGAGAAUAGCACGCACUACGUGGACCAGAUCGUUGGCCCCAUGCUCAAGCGCGGGCUGACCUGGGCGUCGACCUACGGCAACCACGACAACGACUUCAACAUCUCGGCCGCGGCCAUCCUGGCGCGCGAGCAGCUCUGGCCCAACGCCCGCACCACCCAGAUGGUGCCCGACCCCGACGCCGGCGUGUCCAACUACUACCUGCCCGUGUUCGCAGCCGACUGCCGCCGUCCUCCCGGACGACCGCGCGGCGGCUGCCCGCCCGAGCUGCUGCUCUGGUUCUUCGACAGCCGCGGCGGCUUCCGCUUCCAGCAGAAGGACGCGGCGACGGGCCAGCGCGUCGGGCAGCCCAACUGGGUCGACGCGCGGGCGGUCGACUGGUUCCGGCGGACCAACGCCGAGCUGGUGCGCGCGGCGGGGGGCCGGCCCAUCCCGUCGCUGGCGUUCGUGCACAUCCCCACCAACGCGUCGCUGGCGCUGCAGGAGGCCGGCGUGGACCCGCACCGGCAGCCGGGCAUCGACGACGACGUGCCGCUGGCGCAGCAGGCGCAGGGGUGGUGCGCCGACGGGCGGAACGACGGGAGCUGCGCGUACGGUGGCCAGGACGGGCCGUUCAUGCAGGCCGUGGCGUCCACGCCGGGGCUGGUCGCGCUGUUCUCGGGCCACGACCACGGCGAUACCUGGUGCUACAAGUGGGAUCGGCUGCUGCCCGGCAUGACUGUCAAGGGCAGCGGGGUCAACCUGUGCUUCGGGCAGCACUCCGGGUAUGGCGGGUACGGCAGCUGGAUCCGCGGCGCGCGGCAGGUGGUGGUGUCGCUCGAGGGCCUGAAGGACCUGAAGGACCUGGCUGUCGAUACUUACAUUCGGCUCGAGUCGGGCGCGACGGUCGGCGCUGUCACCCUCAAUAGGACGUACGGACAUGAUGAAUAUCCGGCCACGCCGAACGACAAGACCUCGCUCCCUUCAGAUGGUAGUUAGGCCAAAGCUGUCAGCUCGCGCGCUAAGCAGAUGCCCCUCGGACGCCGCCUGUUCCAUUACGGCCUUUGGAUAGGAUGUCUGGCUCAGCUGCGGCGGUUGGGGGUCCAAGCCAGAUGUGUCACACGUCUACAAGCCCCUGGCGUGACGCUGUGCUAUGGGACCUAGUACAGUGAGAUACCUAAUUACAGCAGUCAUUACUGCAUAUAAGAUAGUGAAAUGAACUUGAAGACUAGUUUAGUGC